AUGUCGGGGGUGUUGAUAUUCAGAAAGAACGGCGUGGUGCAGUUCAUCUCCAAUCCAACCAAGGAAUCAUUCCAGCAGGAAGCAGAGGCAGAGUCAACUUAUUUUGGGGUUGGAGGAGGAACGGCAACGGCACCAGGCGCCCGUCCACGAGUGUUGGUGUACGUCCCUUCGAACCAAGUUAUCAAAUCCUACGCCGAGCUGGAGCAACGCCUCCAGGAACUCGGCUGGACGCGCUACCACAACGGCCAGAGCCGGAGCUCCGACCUCAUCCAGUAUCACCGCUCUGAUGCUUCAGCCCACCUCAUUUCUCUCCCCACCAACUUCAACAACUUCAGCUCCAUCCACAUGUACGACAUCGUCGUCAAGAACCCCUCCUACUUUCAGGUCCGUGUCCUAUGA